AUGGGGGUGCACAAUGGAUCAGCUCUGCUGGAAGAAGAGAAACAGGAAACAUCUACAGACAAAAGCUGGUUCAGUCAGCACAGGCAGCUGGCCCACUACUUCUCUCUGCUCUGCUUUCUGCUCACCAUCGUCAAUCUGCUCCUGACUCUCUGCCUGGUUCAGAUCAACCUGGUGUUCCAGUCACAGUCGACCCUGCAGGAAACCAAACUGAUGGAUCUGACAAACAGACUGGGAAAGCUCAACCGGUCGUAUCAGCUCCUGUUCUCCCAGUAUCCUGCUCUGAACCAGUACUGCCCCGUCAGCAACGCCACCACGGGUGAGCGAGAGUGCAGACCGUGUCCGGCCGGGUGGAUUCCUCAGGGAGAGAAAUGCUUCUCAUUCAGUCAGGACAGAGCCGACUGGAUCGGCAGCCAGUACCGCUGCAUGGCACUGGGGGGCGCUGUGGCCACGGUCGGGACAGAGGACGAGCAGCUCUUUCUGUGGCAAAAGGCCCAGAGUCUGAGCCAGGGAGACUCGUACUGGCUCGGCCUGAGGAGCAGCGGUGCUGACGGCGGCUGGCACUGGAGCGAUGGCUCCUCGGUGGAGAAGAGACCGCAGUUUUGGCAGCUCGAGCCCGAUACCACGGGCGACAGCAGGGAGCUGUGUGGUCGACUCACCCCGGGAGGCGACUACAGGAGGAGCUGGCUCGUCUCCAGAUGCUCCAGCCAGCUGAGGAGGAUCUGUGAGAAGUUAAAGUAGGAGAAGAGACGAGAGGAAGCGACAGGAGACGAGACGAGGCGGCA